CGUGUUAACGCAGACUUGUGUGUGUGUGUGUGUAGGUUGGAUGCUGGCACCUUCGGGACGAUGGGGGUGGGUCUGGGCUUUGCCAUCGCAGCUGCAACAGUGCAGAGGAACCAGAACACAGGCCAGAGGGUGGUGUGUGUGGAGGGGGACAGUGCCUUUGGAUUCUCUGGGAUGGAGGUGGAGACCAUGUGCAGGUAUAAACUCCCGGUGGUCAUCAUCGUGGUCAACAACAACGGGAUCUACAGCGGCGUGGACGCAGAGACGUGGGAAAUGAUGGGGAAGAUGGGAGAUCUCACCACUGUAGCCCCCCCUGUGACCCUGCUACCUGAAGCCCGCUAUGACGAGGUCAUGAACGCCUUCGGAGGACGAGGGUUCCUGGUGCGGACAGAGGAGGAGCUACGUAGUGCCUUACAGCUCAGCCUCAGUGACUGGGAGAGACCUAGUCUCCUCAACGUCCUCAUAGACCCCUCCUCAGACAGGAAGCAACAGGAGUUUCCAUGGCUAACUCGCUCCAACCUGUAGGCCCGAGAGGAGAGGUCUGCUGUAUGGGACAGUGAGGAAGACCUGCUUUCUUCUGCUACCUGAUGGAGAAAUUGGGUACAUCCCAAAUGGCAACCUCUUCUCUAUAAAUGUAAUUCUCUAUGGGCCCUGAUCGAAGUAGUGCACUAAAUAGGGAAUAUGGUGCCAUUUGGUAUGCAGCCCUUGUCAGUGAAGUUUCUCUCUAUAACAUGGUGUUUGGAGACAAUGACAGCUCCUCUAACAUGAGAAGGCUGCAUGUGUUUUUGUAUCUAAAAAAUAAUCAUGUUUCUAUGAAAUGUUUUAAUCAAGUCACAUUUACUACACGGUAGUAUUACAUUUUCGAUUUUGGAAAUUUAUACCAUGAUUAAGAUGUAGAUUUGUGAGAAAAUGUCAGGUAUAAUAUUUGUCUUUGGCUUGUUUACUAUAUUUGUACAAGUGUCCUUGAAAAUAAACUUUGUUGCAGACAAACUGAAA